CUCACUUUCACGACCUUCACGCCCUCACGACUCACUACUAACCACACAGCACACGCCCAGCGACCAUGGCGGACGACCUCAUCGACUUCAAUGUGAUCGAGGGGCAGAAAGAGAACAUUCAGGCCCUCCCCAGCGGCCGUUCUGCCAAAGCGCUGGCACAGCUCUACUCACCACCACUGCUUGGAGCAAACCCGUCGCCGAAUGACCAACACUCCGAGAAACGCGCAGAAUUCGAACGAGAACUCGCGACGAUUGACGAAGCUGAUGAUCCACUCGAUGUUUACGACGGAUACGUGAAAUGGACACUGGACACAUACCCCUCCGCACAGGCGACACCGCAAUCGCAAUUACUACCACUGCUUGAACGCGCGACAAAAGCGUUCCAAUCAUCGAAAGAUUACAAAAACGAUGUGCGAUAUCUCAAGAUAUGGCUCCACUACAUUCGCCUUUUCUCAGAUGCGCCUCGCGAGGCUUUCGUGUUUCUAGCGCGCCAUGGGAUCGGCGAGGGACUGGCGUUGUACUACGAAGAAUUUGCAGCAUGGCUGGAAAAUGCCGGGAGAUGGAGUCAAGCGGAGGAGAUCUACAAAAUGGGCAUUGAGAAGGAGGCGCGACCUUCAGAGCGAUUGAUGCGCAAAUUUGGAGAAUUCGAGCGAAGGAAAGAGGCGCGUCCGGAAGACGCGACGGAGCCUUCUAGUCCGGCAUUGCCUGCUGCGAGACCUGCUUUGGCGGCGAAGGCGGACCCUUUUGCGUCCUCAGCGACGCCGUCUCCUGCGACACAGCAACAGCAAAGUCGAACCGGCGCAGGCAAGAAGCCCAAGAUGGCCAUUUUCACAGAUAGCGGAGAGGACUCACGACCUGCGUCGGGGAGCAGCUCGAAGGGCUGGGAUAGUAUUGGCACACUUGCGGACCGCAAAAAAGAGAAUACCACAGAGGCGAAGCCAAUGGCGGGACAGAAGCUUAUGGCAGGGAAGACGAACACAGGAAUGCAGAAGAUGAUGGUGUUCAAAGACCAGGACUAAAUAUCGCGUGUUUCGUAGUCUUCAUCUCGAGUUCAAAUGCCACGACACACUUCCGCCUCGCACGCUGAAUCGAGUAGUAAUCAUGAACAGCAGUGCGUGUUCAACGAGAAGACCGGUAGGCUGGAGUGCGUGUUUGUGAAUCUAGAGGCUGUGUACCCUGAGGCCGGGAACCUGGCAGUUGAAUACUGUUUCGAGGAGCUAAGAGCAAGACAUCGUGGGUGGCUGGAUCGAGAUGGCAAUGUGAAAGAAAAUGUGAAACGGCAGAAGCUGUCGAAGAAUGACUCGUUCGAUAUACAGCUGGACCCACCAGCAACAGCGCGACAGCCCAUCGCUGAGCACCCAGCUGAAGCAAAGCCUUUGGCCAGGGAGAAGCCUUUCAAGAUCUUUUCUGAUGCUGAGCAAGAAACACCAGAGUCGAGGCCGACGUCGAAGCAAAAGGGCUUCAAGAUAUUUGAGGAUACAGACUUGGAGCCACAACAGCAACCCAGAGAGGAGACGCCUGAUCUGCCGACUAAAUUCACCAAGACUUUGGCGCUGAACGAUGAGAACGACGAGAACACCCCGCCGUCCAAGCAAGAAAUCGAUGCUGCGAAGAAAGCAAGACGCGAAGAACGCGCGAACCGGACGCGUAAGAUCAAGGUUAUGGAAGUCAAGCACAUCAAGAACGAGACGCAAACGAUCAAGUUGAACAUGGACUCGCCCAAGUCGAAGCCGAAACGAAGAAAGUCUGUGGCACCGGAGCCAACCAUGACCAUCAACACCAAGGAGGCCAUGGAUGAGAUCUAUGGCAUCUUCAGUGCUCCUCUGCCAUCACAGUCGGAACAGCCUCAGGAAGAAGAGUCUGAGUCUGAAAGUGAUAGCGACAGUGAAGAAGACGAAGACGAUUACACGACUGGCGAUGAAAGCACGGCAACUGGGAAGCUCUCUGCACCGGCGAGCGAGUACGGUGAUGAGACACGCAACGAGCUUCUCGAAUCCCAUCGCGACGAUGAUCGGACAGACGUGUCAGCCUGGUCAGAUUUUGAUACUGGCAAGCAUGUUCCGAGCCAAGAAGACGAUAGUGGCAUGAAUUCUGCUCAAACGACAACGCAAGAUGUCUACGAAGAGGCAGACGAGGCACUCACGCCUGUUCACGACGAGAACCGUCAAACACGAUAUGUCCCGGUCGCUCCUGAAGAUUACGAGCCGCCUGUCAUGCAGAUGCGUGACAUGAACAUCGUGCCGAAUCAUAGGCUGCCAUUCAUGACACCGAUUGUCGAGCAGACUGAAUCAUCAAUUGGCAUACCUACUCAAAGGCCAGAGAAGGACUACUUUGGUGCGAAGACUCCAAGCAGGAAGAACGGUAUGCCUGAAGAGUUUGACGACGAGGAAGAUGAUGAACCACCUAGCAGUCCUUUUGAUGACGUGACGGCUGACAUGGAAGAAGACAAACGCAGAGUCCUCCAGCCGAUUCGAACGAAGAGCACAAAGGGCACAUUAUCGCUUGGCAAGGGCACAUCGAAGGCACAGAUCGACGCGAAACUGGAAGGGCCGACCUCUUCAGACGCUGUACAGAAAGGACCCAUCAUCAAAGAUCUGCAGUGCAAUCCCAUGGACCCAUACCUGAGACAGACCAUUUUGUCGCAAAUGAAGCCUGCUCUCAACACGUACGAAGGAUAUUACGAGCAUCUCGAUGCGAACUCGGGCAAAACUAUGGAGAUCAAGAAGUACAUCAAGCAGCUUCAGGCUUCGCGGAAGAGCCAGAGCCACUCUCAAGAGAAGACAACAUCGAUCCCACCCAUGGUCGCUUUCCCUGGCGCAGGUGGAAUCUACACUAUCAAACGAGAACUGGGAGCCGGUACUUUCGCCCCAGUCUACUUGGUUGAAAACAGCGCCGCGGCCUCUCUCGAAGAGCGUGAAGACUACGACGAAGAUGAUGUGGACGUCUCCGCUUCUACUGCCACUUCCCGCCUCGGGAAGCUCACCCACCGCCGUCCUCUCGAAGCCAUCAAAAUGGAGGAGCCCCCUUCCACCUGGGAGUUCUACAUCCUUCGCGCAGCGCACCGUCGACUGGGCGUCUCGCGUCCUUCGGAAUCUAUCAUCAAAGCCCACGAAAUGCACUUAUACCGCGACGAAUGCUUCCUCGUCGAAGAAUACCGUGACCAAGGCACCCUUCUCGACCUCGUGAAUCUCGCUCGCAUGGAAUCCGCGCAUCAGAACUCUGGCACGACCGGCAUGGAUGAAAUGCUCGCCAUGUUCUUCUCCGUCGAACUUCUUCGUACCAUGGAAGCCCUUCACGCCAAACACCUGAUUCACGGCGACUUGAAAGGCGACAACGUCCUUGUACGAUUCGACGACCCAGGCCAGGAAACUGAUUUCUCUGCGACGUAUUUCCCUUCGGGCGCGCAUGGUUGGGGUUCGAAGGGAAUCUGUCUCAUUGAUUUUGGACGCGGAAUCGAUAUGUCGCAUUUCGAUGAGAAAGUCGGCUUCUUCGCUGAUUGGAAAACGAGCGAGGCGGAUUGUAGUGAAAUGCGCGAAGCGAGGCCUUGGACGUAUCAGGUGGACUAUUACGGUGCUGCAGGCAUCAUUCAUUCGUUGUUGUUUGGAAAGUAUAUGGAAACAACUGUCGAGAAGACAUUGAAUGGUGGUGCUGGUGCUGCAGCGGGUGGUGGCAGUCAGAAGACUUAUAAGAUUCGAGAGAGUUUUAAGAGGUACUGGCAGAUGGAGAUUUGGGCGGAGGUUUUUGGUUUGUUGUUGAAUCCUAUGCGGUAUGUGGAACAUGAGGAGGGGAGAAAGUUGCCGGUUCUGAAGGGGUUGAAGGAGGUGAGGGAGAGGAUGGAGGGUUGGCUAGAGGCGAAUUGUGAGAAGGGUGUUGGGUUGAAGGGGAUGGUUUUGAGAAUGGAGGCUGCAUUGAGGGACAGGAGGAGAAGGGUGAAGUAGGUUGAUUGUGUUUAUUGGCGUUUUGGGAGGGAAUGAUACCAUGGCGAGGCACGGGGCGAGGGC